AUGGACCUUUUCUUCGGCCGCGGUAUCAAGUUCACUCCGUCAAAGGACGUGCCCUCCCUCGCGGGCAAGGUCAUUCUGGUGACGGGCGCCAACAACGGCCUCGGCAAGCAGUCGGUGCUAGACCUAGCACGGUACGGCAAGCCGGCCUUCAUCUGGCUGGCCGCGCGCAGCCCCGAGCGCGCCGCCCAGGCCCUAGCCGACAUCAACGCGCAGCUCGACCUCGAGCCCAACGCCGAGGACAGCGACCGGACCGUCAUCAAGACGGUCGAGCUAGACCUUGCGCUACUCGCCUCCGUCCGGGCCGCCGCUCAGCGCGUCACCGCCGAGACCCCCGGGCCGCGCCUCGACAUUCUCAUGCUCAACGCAGGCAUCAUGUCCACGCCGCCCGGCCUCACCGCCGACGGCUACGAGAUCCAGUUCGGCACCAACCACCUCGGCCACGCGCUGCUGGCCAAGCUCCUCCUCCCGAUGCUCCUCCAAACCGCGGCCGCGCACCCCGACGUGCGCGUCGUCGUGCUCUCCUCGGUCGGCCACACGCAGGCGCCCAAGGCCGGCGGCGCGCCCGGCGAGGCCGGCAUCAUGUUCAGCGGGCUCAAGACGGAGCAGGCAGCGCUCGGCGCGCUGCCGCGCUACGGCCAGAGCAAGCUGGCCAACCUGCUGUUUGCGCGCGAGCUGGCGCGCCGCUACCCGGCGCAGCUGCGCGUCGCCGCCGUCGACCCCGGGCUCGCGAGCACCGGCCUCGCCAACAACCUCGAGUCGCGCGCGCUGCGCACCGUCGUCAACUCCCUGCGCUUCCUCUACCCGUCCCCCGCCGACGCCGUGCGCGGGCCCCUGUGGGCGGCGACCGCGCAGCCGCCGGAUUUUAUUGAGAGCGGUGCGUACUACAAGCCCCUCGGUCGGAGAGGGUCGGACUCGCCGUAUGCGAACGACGAGCUCGCUGCGAAGCUGUGGGAGUGGACCGAAAACGAGCUGCAGGCGUAUACCCUCUGA